UCAGAUGCUGAAUGAAACAAAAAUGUCCCAAAACCGAGUAGGAAAUAAAACCCCCCCCCCCCCCCCCCCCCCCCCCCUCUCUCUCUCUCUCUCUCCCCGGCCCCUCCCUCGAUCCCUCUCUGAUGAUCAUAUGAUCGAAGUGUUCAAGGACUAAGUACUACCCAACUUCAAUCCGUCCAAAUCCCCUAAAAGCUUGCAGUUUCGGAGGCAUGCGAGGAUUAAUCCAGAGACAUGUUUGAGUACUGUAGAUCAUUGAUCGGCAAAAUGAAAGGGGGAGGACUAAUGUGGCAUACUUUCGUCAUUGAUGGUUUGUAUUUUGGGAAAGAACACCAUAAAUUUAGUUAUAAACUGAUCUGUGAUCAUAGCUUAUCUUCGCUAGUUCUUCGCUUUUGUGGAGUUUUAUUACCUGCUUGCUUACAAUUCUAAAUGGGUUUUUUCAUGAGUUUUGGGAAGGAAUGAAACAUGAUCAUCUACCAGACCGUACUCCUAAUUAUAAUACGUGGGAGUUCUUGAAAGAAGCAUUUGUUACUGAUCUGUUAAAUUAUUUCCUUUUCAUUUUUUCAUGAUCUAAAAUUAGUCUAUAUUCUUAGAGAAAGCCUAAGAAUACAUAUGUCCUUGGAAAAUAUUGGUUUUUUCUUGUUUAAAUGAUCAUUUUUUAAAGAUAUUAAAAACGGAUACAUGACUAGCAAUGGUGUUUUCACAAAACAGAUAUAUAUUUGCUUUGCAAUUACCCAUUUUUUAUGGCCUGUGAUGAACUGACAUGCGAACGAUUUUUAUGUGUAGCUACUACCAAGUAUAUAUGCUAAAACGAAGUAAGGAGAAAAGAAAAGAGAGGAAAGAUCUCUCCCUCUCCCUCUCUCUGAUUUCUGGUCUCUCUCUCUCUCUCACUGCAUCCACCGGCCCGUCAGCGGUCUAACUUCUGAAGAAAGAACUCAAUUUUUGGAGCCUGGAGGUGGUCUAAAGAAAACUAAAGUAGCCAUGACAGAAGGAUCAUCAGAUAUCUAUGAUAAUGAAGAAAGUAGUGACAGGAGUGAGGAACAGGCCGCCGAAAAUGCCUCUGUAGUGUCUUCACAAAGGUGCUCGUCUUUUGACUUAAAUGAAGAAGCCUGUAGUACUAUGGCUCAGGUUACUGGACUCAGCAAUAUUGAGGAUGAACAUGUGAAAAGAAUAGAUGGGAAUUCAGGUAAUAACGACAUCUCCGGUACUGAUAAUCAAGGAAAGGAAAGGACGAGUACUAGAGUCAGGCAAUAUGUUAGAUCAAAAAUGCCUCGGCUUCGGUGGACUCCUGAGCUCCAUCUUUCUUUUGUUCAUGCGGUUGAAAGGCUCGGUGGACAAGAGAGAGCAACUCCCAAAUCAGUUCUUCAGCUCAUGAGCGUGAGAGGACUCAGUAUAGCCCACGUAAAGAGUCAUUUACAGAUGUACAGAAGUAAGAAGCUCGAUGAGGCUGGACAAGUACUGGGUAAAACGUACAGCCCAUUGCAAGGAAGAAAUCAUAUGCAAGGCAUUGAUCUUCACCAAACGAUCACCAGUACUACUACUCAUCAGCACUUCAGAAUGGAGAAUGGUGGGAUAGUUCUAGCUAGGCAUUCUGAACAUCAUGAUCAGUAUAAUGUUGGUCAUAGUCUUUUGCACUCACCCCUCUCCCAAUUAUCUUUAGAUCAUAUGAUCAAAGCUAGCUUCCAAAGGUUGCAUGAGCAGUGGCCAGCUACCAAUCAGCAUGCCAUGAGAAGGGCAAGUUAUCUAAUAAGCAAAGAUAUUGGAGGAGAAAAGGAUUUCAGCAGCAGCUCAACAGCCUUCGAAACUCAAGGCAAUUCAACAUCUUCAAACCAAACUCAUGCAAUGGAUAAAGACAUCCGAAUUGGACCCAUGAGACCUAGCCGAUUUCUUGAGAAAAAGAGAUAUUUGCCUCCAUCAUUCGAAACGAUUAGCAGUCAAUGGAAAGUAAAAAGAACUAAUACCAAUAUUACGUGGGAUAAUAUUGUUGUCGCCAAUACAAACGGUAGGCAGCUCCUAUCAAGUUCAGAAGAUCAUCUUGUGAGAAACUCCAAUAGCUUUAAACCCGAGUUUGAGCCCCCGUUUCGGCUUGAGCUGAAUGAAACGAAAAUGUUGAAGGACAACGCAUGGUUUCCUGAUUUGCAACUAAGACUUAGCCAAAGAGUUGUGAACGACGACGAGAAGACUCACGGCACAGGAACAAAUGAAAUUAGCACUAUGCUUUCUCUUUCUUAGCUUAUUAUAUAUUAAUUUGUCGCCAAACUCAUACAGAUUACAUACAUACACAAAAAUAUGACGUAGCACAACGUCAAGGCCAAAUUGAGAGCAAGUGCUAAGAAUUUGACUUAUAUAUAUGUAAAUAAAAAAAAAAAUAGCGCCAUCAAAGUGAGAUCGUUCUAAGUGCUUGCCCUUAUUGAAGCCAAGGACGAAGAUAAGAAAAAGACAAACAAGAUUGUUGAGAAA